AUGUCUUUUAUAUUUGGACGACAUAAGGAAAGAGAUGCUGGAAAAACACACAAGUUUUACGUGGAAUUCCUUGGAUGGAUAGAGUGCCAGGCGCUCCGGGGAAGGAAAUACACUGAUCCCGUGGUGAACGAUCUGCGGAGGAAGCAGAGGAAAUGGAGGAACGCUCCCAAGUUAACGCUACAGGUGAGCAAAAAAGAGAUGAAAAUUUCACAAGAUAUGGAAGAAAAGAAACGCAAAAUCAGAACGAUAAAAUUUCCUAAUAUUCCGUCAAGAGAUAUUACAUAUGUUACUCAGGCAACUGACCCUAGCACUGGAAGACCUGAUGAUAUUGUGGCGUGUAUCUACCUCGGCUUCGUGCCGCGAACACAGAAGUAUGUGCACGUGCAUGUGUACAGAUUUGACACACCAGAAACAGCUACAAACUUUGUUCGCAUAAUGAACCACAUCAUCAGCGGUUAUGUCGAUCGAGUGCGAGAAAUCGAAUUAGAUCUGGCAUCUCGUGGUUGGAUAGACGAUACACGAUUGAAUCGUUCGGACGGAAUGAGUGAGCAGCACACCUCGGACUCUGCUCCUGAUUCUGGAGCCAGCACAUACAGUGGUGAUGAUGAUACACUACCGUCAGACGAGAUCGAACCCGACCUCCAGAGUCUUAAGGAUGUUAUGGCAUUCGAUUCCGUAACCGACGAAUUAAAACAGAGGCUGAACCUCACGCCCACCAAGAAGACCAGCGGACCCUCUGCACCGAUACUGCUCCCGCCAAAAGACUACGACACCAUAAGCAGACGACAGGGGAACCUUGACAAGGUAGAUCUUAGAAAGUCUUUGAACAUCAACAUUGUUGGACAAGUGGCCAAGCCUCGCUACAGGAACGGCUCAAACGAAAGUGGCGUCGACCUCAACUCUCCUUCUGAUGAUUCUGAUGACGGCAAGGCCAUUGAACCUGAGUCCCCAAGUCAGGAGACAAAACCUUCCCCGCCGUUAAGUGCAAGAGACACGGUGUACCCUCCUCGUAAUGGACUGAAUGAAUCUUUCCAUCGACACGCGCCAAACAGACAGCAGUCCUUUAACUCCGCGUACAGUAGUAACAGUUACCGGAGUGGUUCUUCGAACAACUCCAAUGGACUGGGAGAAUCGAUGAACAGUUCUGACGCGGGUCUGAGGGUGUACAAGGGGACCACUGAUAUCCCCGCCGCGGACUACGACCAGGAACCUGUCAUAAUGAGGCGGGAGAAUCAAUGGAGGAGCACAGACAUGGGACGUUCAGUCGCGUUCGCACAAGACUUUCAAGGAAGGAGGAGAAUUACUUCCCCUUCAAUGACUCUUCACGAGGAAGAUGGACCUGUAUAUGCUGUUGUGAAUAAACAAAGGCCAAGAUCAACACGUGAUAUACAUUUCCAUGAAGGAUAUUCCCCAAAGAUGGGUGACUUCCGAGUUCGGCGGACGGUUUCUAUGUAUAAUAAGUAAAAAAAAAAAACAUGAAAUGUAAGAUAUAGUGAAAACUGUU